AUGCUGGUCGAGUUGAAUUUGAAGCAAAAAUUCCUGACACUAUGCGGCAUCACAGCUGCCGCCAUGGCCGCGUCAUUAGCGAUCGGACAAAGAUUGAUACCGCAGUCGAUACUGACCGGUGUCGUUUUUUACCUCAUUUCCGGUGAUCGCCCCUCGACCGUGUACGCCACCAUCGUGUCACUGCCGCGGGACAUACGAACCGCGAUCAUCUUUUUGAAGCUCAAUCUAAGCCUUUACCGGUACGAGCGAGCCGGUGCGACCGUGGUGCAAAUCUUCGAAAGUGUCGUCGCUCGUCACCCAAACAAGGUAGCCUUCCUGAUGGACGACGGUCAGCUAACGUUCGCCGAGGUGAAGCAGCUCGCUGACCGCGUGGCGGCUCACUUUUACGCGAAAGGCUUCCGGAAGGGCGAUACGAUUGCGCUGCUGAUGGAAACCCGGCUCGAAUAUCCCUGCAUCUGGCUCGGCCUCUCGAAGGUCGGCAUCGUGACGGCGCUGAUCAAUUCGAACCUGCGGAAGGAAACGCUGCGUCACUCGAUAACGGUGGCUAAUUCGAAGGCAAUCAUCGUCAGCUCGGAGCUGGCCGGAGCGAUCGCCGAAAUAAACGAGCAGGACGGCAUAAAAGGCUUACCGGUACACCUAUUCCGCACCGACGGUGCCGACACCAGCAGUGACCCAUUGCCAGAUGCCGAAGAUUUAAGGCUCAGCGUGGAUAGUGGCAGCAGUAGCUCAAACGUAGAUUUAAGCGCUAUCCCGAAUGAUAUAUCACCGAAAGAUAAAUUGGUUUACAUCUAUACGUCCGGCACGACCGGGAUGCCUAAGGCGGCCGUCAUCACGAACCUAAGGUACACGUUCAUGGCGCUGGGAUGCUAUUACAUGCUGAGCUUUCGCGAUGACGACAUCAUCUAUAAUUCAUUGCCCCUGUACCAUUCGGCCGGUGGGAUGAUCGGCGUUGGCAGCGUGCUGUUGUGCGGUAUGACGGCAGCUUUACGUAAGAAGUUCUCAGCCUCCAACUUCUGGACGGACUGUAUCCGGCACAAGUGUACGGUAGCACAGUAUAUCGGGGAAAUAUGUCGCUUCGUACUGAUGACGCCACCGAAACCGACGGACACGCAGCACGCCGUGCGGCUGAUGUUUGGUAACGGCUUACGUCCCCAGAUUUGGCCCCAGUUCGUUUCGCGUUUCAACAUUGCCCAGAUCGGCGAAUUUUACGGCUCAACGGAAGGCAACUCGAACUUAUUAAACAUCGAUAACACCAUGGGAGCGGUUGGUUUCGUGCCCAAUUUCGCAAAGGCCAUCUAUCCGGUGACGCUGAUAAGGUGUGAUGAAGAAACCGGCGAGAUCAUCCGAGGACAGAAUGGAUUCUGCAUCAAGUGCAAAGCUGGCGAGCCAGGAGUGUUUGUAGGCAAAAUCAACCCAAAGAAGGCACUCAACUCGUUCGUCGGGUACGCCGACAAGGCGGCCUCGGAAAAGAAGGUGCUGCAUGACGUGUUUCGCAAGGGAGACAUCUUCUUCAAUUCCGGCGACAUUUUGGUGCAGGAUUUACUCGGGAAUUACUACUUCAAGGACCGAACUGGCGAUACGUUUAGAUGGCGAGGCGAAAACGUUGCAACGUCCGAGGUGGAAGGAGUCAUCACUACGAUCGUGGGAUUGAAGGACUGCGCCGUUUACGGUGUUGAUAUUCCAGACACCGAAGGCAAAGCUGGCAUGGCGGCGAUCGUCGAUCCCGAGGGCAAAGUGGACUUGGAGCAGCUGGCGGCCGGCAUUCGGGCUAGUUUACCUGCCUACGCUAGGCCACUGUUCAUCCGCGUGCUUUCGGAAGUGCCAAUGACGACGACGUUCAAGCUAAAGAAGCGAGAUCUCCAGGUCGAUGGGUACGAUCUGAACAAGAUCAAGGACCCUCUCUACUUCCUGCAGGGCAAUGGCAGCUAUCGGUUGUUCACGACGGAGGACCACGAAAACAUAAAAAGUGGCAAAGCGAGGCUAUGAGAGAAUUCCGCAAAAGUCUAGCGACGGGAGGCGUAAUCUAGCGAUUCCAUUAGAUGUUGUUGUGUAGGACAUUUAUUUUUGUACGUAUAAUUGUAUUGUUUUGUUUCAAAUUCUCAAUCGUAAAACCAAAUAAGGAAAAUGACUGAAAUUUCUAACCGAAGAUACUGACACCUAAGCUACGAAAUCUUGAUCGAAGAGAUCGAAUCAUUUGUACGAUAAGAUUGUUGCAUUUGUAAUUCUCGACAUAGCGACUAGUAAGAAAUCUUAAUCAGUAGCAAUAAACUGUACUCA